AUGUAUUUGAUGGAUGUGCCUGAUACUACGAAGGAAACAGAAGGUGGAACGGGUAAUGGUCUUGAAUAUGCAGUUGCUGCCAUGCAGGGAUGGCGUCAGACGAUGGAGGACGCACACGUGGCAGACGUUAAACCGGCUGGCUUACCCGAGGGCUUUUCACUCUUUGCUAUAUUUGAUGGCCAUUGCGGUCAUCUUACUGCUCAAUUGGCCUCUCAAAGAAUCACGGAAGAAGUGGCGAAUGCAUUGAAGAGUAUAUCUUCUGACGGGAAGUUGGAAGUCGAAAGCUCAAGACAAAGUAACGACGCUUUGAGUGACGCCAUGCGUAAGGCCUUUGUGAGUUUGGACAAAAGUAUCCGUGAUACGUAUGGCAAGGAGACCUUCUACGGUGUACGGAGCGGCUCUACGGCGGUUGUUGCACUGAUUACGCCCAAGGGUAUUGUCGUGGCAAACGCGGGUGACUCGCGCUGUUUUUUAUUUAGAGAUGGCGAAACAGUCAAGAUGUCCCGUGACCACAAACCUUGGAAGCCAAAAGAGUAUGAGCGUAUUAUAAAUGCAGGCGGAACGGUGUGGGACAAUCGCGUGGAUGGAGAUUUGUCGGUCUCGCGUGGUCUUGGCGACUUUCGCUACAAGACCCGCACCGACUUGCCGGCCGCAGAGCAGCAGGUGUCUUGUUCUCCGGAUGUGAUUGCGACUAUGAUCGACAACACGGAGGAGUUUUUGGUGCUUGCGUGUGACGGUGUCUGUGAUGUCAUGAGCAACUAUGAGGUCUGUGAUUUUAUUCGUAAGCGCAUGGCAGAAGGCAAGGCUGACUUGAAACAGAUUGCGGAAGAGGUUCUGGACCAAUGUGUAAAUAGCCACGAUAACGCAAGCAUUGUGAUCGUUAAGUUUCCUGGUGCAAAGAUCGGUGAAGGUGGCGGUGUUCAAGAAGACGUGCAAACCGUGCAAAACGUGGCUACUUAA